UUUGGAAAGCUUGCUUGCCAUGGAAUGCCUUGAAGAAAACCAUCAUGUUGAGAGCUGUGCAUAACUUACAGACUUAGCCUUUGUUGAUACCAUUCCUGGAAGACGACAUUUCAGGACAUGAACUUGAUUGACAUCCUUUGGAGGCAAGAUAUAGACCUUGGGGCAAGACGUGAAGUUUUUGAUUCUAGGCAGCGUCAGAAGGAGUAUGAACUCGAGAAGCAGAAGAAACUGGAAAAGGAAAGACAAGAGCAGCUCCAAAAAGAGCAGGAGGAAGCCUUGCUGGCUCAGCUGGAGUUAGACGAAGAGACAGGUGAAUUCAUUCCUGUGCAGCCAGCUCAGUGCAUUCAGUCAGAAAAUACUGAGCCACCUGCUGCUUUCUCACAGACCACAGAGCCUUCAAAACCAGACGCAGAGGCCUUGUCCUUUGAUGACUGCAUGCAGCUCUUGGCAGAAGCAUUCCCAUUUAUAGAUGAGCAUGAGGCUUCUUCAGCUGCAUUUCAGUCGCUGGUUCCUGCUCAGGUCAAUAGCAACCCAGCCUUUGUUUCCUCUGAUCAAACUCAGCCACCUGAAUCCCCUGAUCUAGUACAACCCACUGAUGCAGAGAAUAUGCAGAACAUAGAGCAAGUUUGGGAAGAAUUAUUGUCCCUUUCAGAGUUACAGUGCCUGAACAUUGAAAAUGAUAACCUGGCUGAGGUGAGCACAAUCACGAGCCCUGAAACCAAGCCAGCAGAGAUGCACAACAGCUACAGUUACUGCAGCUCGUUACCCAUGCUGAAAAAAGACGUUAACUGCAGUCCAGAUUUCCUGGAUGGUAUGGAGGGCCCCUUCUCGGGCAUUUUGCCACCAGAAGACACCAGCCAGCUGAGUGUGAACUCUUUAAAUGACACAUCCCCUUCAAACCCUGAUUUCUGUGAGGAUUUCUACACCACAUUUAUUGAUACCAAGGUGAACGGUGAUGCAGCAGCAACGAACACUAUCAGUCAAUCCCUGGCAGAGAUUCUAAGUGAACCUAUUGAUCUUUCUGACUUUGCACUGUGUAAAGCUUUUAAUGGCAACCACUCAGGGACCAGAGCAGAAUGUAAUGAUUCUGACUCUGGUAUUUCACUGAAUGCAAGUUCCAGCGUAGCAUCGCCGGAACACUCUGUGGAAUCAUCUGCCUAUGCAGAUAAGACUUUGGGUUGCAGCGAUUCUGAAAUGGAAGACACGGAGAGUGCUCCUGGAAGUAUGCUGCAGAGCAGUGCUGGUGUGUACUCUUUGCACCUCCAGGAUCAAGUGUUUUCUUCCUUAGGGCCAAGCACUCAAACACCAAGUUUGGCACGUACAGCCACACCAAAGAAAGAACCCCCUCCUGCUCCCGGCCAGCCCAAAGCUCCCUUCACAAAAGACAAACCUCCAGGCCGCCUUGACGCUCAUCUCACGAGAGAUGAGCAAAGAGCGAGAGCUCUGCAGAUCCCUUUUCCUGUUGAAAAAAUCAUCAAUCUCCCUGUUGCGGACUUUAGUGAAAUGAUGUCUAAGGAGCAGUUCAACGAAGCCCAGCUUACACUUAUUCGAGAUAUACGCAGGAGAGGCAAGAACAAAGUGGCUGCUCAAAAUUGCCGCAAAAGAAAACUGGAAAAUAUAGUAGAACUGGAGCAUGAUUUGAGUAACCUAAAAGAUGAGAAAGAGAAAUUGCUUAAGGAAAAAGGAGAGCAUGACAGGAGCCUUCAUCAAAUGAAAAAGCAAUUCACCACCUUGUACCUCGAGGUCUUCAGCAUGCUACGUGAUGAAGACGGAAAGCCUUACUCUCCUAGUGAAUAUUCACUGCAGCAAACCAGAGACGGCAACGUCUUCCUUGUUCCUAAGAGCAGGCAGUCAGGGACUAAACUUUGAAGGGCAGUACAGCAGGCUCCUGUUCUCUGAGUUACUAGUUUUGUAUCAUUAUCAUGAUAGUUUUUACUGUGAGGUGGAAUGCAGAAUUAAGUAAUAUUUGUCAAGUCUAUGCAAUGAUAAUUUUGAAGUCCUUAAUUAGUUUAUGGAAGAUGCAAGUUGAAAUUUAAUCACAAUGCAGUUGGGUAUAUACAAAUUUUUUAAUCUGACUUUAUAACAGACAUUUCCUUCUUAUAGCACCACUUUGACUAGUUUCCAUAUAUAUGUAAAUAUUUAAAUAUGCCAUAUUUAUAUACUGUUCCUAUCUAUUGUUAUAUUCAUAGAUUUGAUAUAUAUAUAUAUAUAUAUAAAAAUGAUUUUAGCCUUCUGAAUAUAAUUUCUUGCAAGGCAACCAGGAUGGCUUCUUAUAUUUUUUAUAAAUAUGCAAUAGUGUUCCCCAUUUUUCUUACACGUUUAUAUUUGCUUUAUAUUUAAUAUAUUAAUUUAGUAUAAAAGUUGACACUCAGUGUUUGAUUUUGCUUUAUCAGCUCAUUAAACUUUUUAAACUCUACUUCAUACACAUUUAUUUCCUUAAAGGAGAGAAAUCCUUGCUAGUUUUCCAAGGCUAAGUCUUCCUAGCAUAAUUAUCAAUCACAUAGCAGUGUCAGCAUUACCAAUACUUCAUUCAGCUUCAUUUUAAUAACCUUUGGAAAGACCAUGUAACAUAAAGUUCCAAGUCUAUGCUAAGCUCACAUUUUUGUUUUCCUCCGUGAACACUAUGUAAAUUCAUGAGAUCUUUUCUCCAAAGGCACUCAAAAUCUGUUAAAGCAUUGCCAGCAUUAUGCCUUUUUCCAGCUAAAAUUUCUAUAGGCUUUUGAGCAGUUCUAGAAAUACACUACUGUGCCUCUGACUUCAGUCAAUGAGCAUCACCUCUCCCUGCUGUUACUCUGGUGCUUAUGGAAAACUGCAUACUAGCAGCCAUCCACCUGCCCUGUUUGGAAUCUCUGCUCAGUGAAUUGAAAGCUUUGUGGAGUUUAAAUUAUGAUUUAUAAAAGAGUAAAAAAUGGGCAAAUAAAUAGCAUGGUUUUGUUUACUACUCAAAAGAACUCAUUGCACUUGAUUGUUUUGUAUUUUUUCAAUACAGAAAAUGCAUAAUUUGUAAGACAUGUUGAUCUGAAAAUUAAAAACUAUUUUCAUCCCUGUGCAAGUUCUAAAA